UGGUGUGUCUAUCAGAGAUGCCCCUUGUAGCUGGAUACUUUCCCUUGGUUCUGCGCUUGCCACAUUGGUGACUUAGGAGUUGAGGUGGCGAACGGGGAGAAAAAAGGGAUGGAUGAACCAAGCGGCGAGGGGCUCUCUGAACUGUUGCUAUAGCGGCCGCCAAUGGAAAGGUCCCAUGCCCCGGAAGUGGCUGACCUGAGGUUUUGAGGCUUACUACGGCGGCCGGGGCGUUGUGGGGGCGUUGCUGAGGGCAUCUCCCCUUCCAUCUCCUUGCCGAGGACUGUCCGGAGUGUCAUCUGGUGGCUGAUGUUGGGAACUGUCUGAACCAAGUCAGUACAAAAGAUUAAACUCUACGGAAGAAUGCAAUCAAGUGAUGGCUUCUUUUUAGAAUUUGAAUAUGGAGGCAGCAGGAACAGAUGAAGUCGACAAGCUAAAAACUAAAUUUAUAUCUGCUUGGAAUAACAUGAAAUAUAGUUGGGUGUUGAAAACAAAGACAUAUUUUAGUAGAAAUUCUCCUGUCUUAUUGCUUGGGAAAUGUUACCAUUUUAAAUGUGAAGAUGAAAAUAAAAUGUUACCUGCAAGAUCAGGAUGUGCAAUAGAAGAUCAUGUAAUUUCUGGAAAUGUAGAAGAAUUUCGUAAAGAUUUCAUUUCUAGAAUAUGGCUGACAUACCGGGAAGAAUUUCCUCAAAUAGAGGGCUCAAAUUUGACAACGGAUUGUGGUUGGGGCUGUACAUUGAGGACUGGUCAGAUGCUGUUGGCUCAAGGACUCAUACUACAUUUUCUUAGUAGAGCUUGGACCUGGCCUGAUGCUUUGAACAUUGAAAAUUCAGACUCUGAAUCAUGGACUUCCCACACUGUAAAAAAAUUUACUGCAUCAUUUGAAGCAUCGCUGUCAGGGGAAAGAGAACUCAGAACCCCAACAAUUUCCCUGAAGGAAACAAUUGGGAAAUAUUCUGAUGAUCAUGAAAUACAAAAUGAAAUUUAUCACAGGAAAAUCAUCUCUUGGUUUGGUGAUUCUCCCUUGGCGCUCUUUGGCUUACAUCAACUAAUAGAAUAUGGAAAGAAGUCUGGGAAAAAAGCUGGAGAUUGGUAUGGACCGGCCGUGGUUGCUCACAUUUUAAGAAAAGCAGUUGAAGAAGCAAGACAUCCUGAUUUACAAGGAAUAACUAUUUAUGUUGCUCAAGAUUGUACAGUUUACAACUCUGAUGUAAUUGAUAAACAGUGUUCUUCCAUGGCCUCUGAUAACACAGACGACAAAGCUGUUAUUAUUCUAGUUCCUGUUAGACUUGGUGGAGAAAGAACCAACACUGACUACUUAGAGUUUGUAAAGGGUAUUUUAAGCCUUGAAUACUGUGUGGGUAUUAUUGGUGGCAAACCCAAGCAGUCUUAUUACUUUGCUGGAUUUCAAGAUGACAGUUUGAUUUACAUGGAUCCUCAUUACUGCCAGUCUUUUGUAGAUGUCAGCAUAAAGGAUUUCCCUCUUGAGACAUUCCAUUGCCCUUCUCCUAAAAAGAUGUCAUUUCGAAAAAUGGAUCCUAGCUGUACAAUAGGAUUUUACUGUCGAAAUGUUCAGGACUUCAAACGAGCUUCUGAAGAAAUCACUAAGAUGCUGGAAGUUUUUUCUAAAGAGAAAUAUCCCUUAUUUACUUUUGUAAAUGGUCAUUCCAGAGACUAUGAUUUUACAUCGACUACAACCAAUGAAGACCUUUUCUCAGAGGAUGUAAAGAAAAGAUUAAAAAGAUUUAGCACAGAAGAGUUUGUCUUGCUUUAAAGAUGAGCGCAUUGGUGCUUGAUAAGAACUCCUUUGAAGGAGGAAAAAUAAAGAGAAACAAGUAUACUUGAAACAGGUUUAUUUCACAAAAUCUUAAUUUUAUAUAUUCUUUAAAAAAGAACAUUUGAAAAUAUGAAAGUUUUAAAGAUAUUUUUCUGAAAGGGAAAUGAUUUUAAUGAAUCUUGGUAUCUAAUAAAUAUUGAGUGAUUCUGGUUGCAUUCCUAUUUCCCUAAGUUCUGCUAAUGAGAACUCCACCUUAACUGCAAGCCUUCUUCAAAUUAUUCUACCUGAGGCCACUAGUCUGGAGGUUUUCUGAUACAGGUCCAAAGACUGGGAUCAUAAUAGUUUCAAAAGCCUCAGCUUGUACGAAUGUCCAGAAGACCAGAAAAUGAAUCUUCAGUGCUGCCUAGCUGCUUGCUAUGAUUGUUAAAGCAACCAAAGGAUACUUUUGGAUGUAUUUUAAUAUACUAAAUAGUAAUGGUUAGCUGUAGAAUGCAUACAAUUAUAUAAGUGGAAUUGUGAGGUAAGGUAAUAUGUAGCAAUGUGGUUUUAUAAUGGCUGCUCAUUAUGUUUGCUGUUGAACCUUCCAAAGAGGAGUGAAUAUAAAGUAUUGGUUUUCCCCACAAAUUUAAAGGUUAUGUUAUUAAUAGUAACUGCAUCCAAUCAAAUCAGAUAAUGAAUUAUAAGAUAGGAGUAGUGUUUGUUUCCUAUCUAAAAAUGCAGUUAUAUGGGAACUCUAUUUAUUACAUCGUUUUUAAAAUCUAAUAUUAAGUAUGAAGAAAGAUAUCAAUACAUGCUCCUCUAUGUGAUUUUUGUUAUUAGUAUAAAUCAGUGUAGUGAUGUUUAGAAGCUGAGGCCAUCUAUAAGGCAAAUCUGCCUUAAAGGUAUUAAGUGUUUCUUAAAGGCAAAUUUGUGAUAUAAAAGUGCAAGUUAUUAUCAAGCUAGGAUUAUAAAAUAAAUACUUUAAUAAAGACGUGAGAACGUAAACUGCUUUUGGUUUUAAUGUCGGGAUUAUUUUAAUCCUUUCAUUUUAAAUAUCAUUAUCUCAAAUGAAUUCUGUUUAUUUAUAAUGAAAGCAAAUAAUAUUGUUGCUCUGAAAGCAAAGUAUUAACUUUUUUAUGGAGCAUCCAUGAUGUUUCAGUGUGGAAAAGUGACUUAUUACAAAGACUUAAAAUUGUGUAUCAUCUAAGUCAUUGAUCUCUUCUUUCAGAAAGGCUGUUUGUUAAAUUUAGAGUUGCAUGCAAAACUGAAACAAAGGGUGAGCAGAUUGCUUUAGUAUGCCUGAUGAGAAAAAUCAGAUUUGGCAUUUCCCAGUGAGGAUAGUUUAUUGAAGUGAAAUAGCCUCAAAUCUAAAAUUUUCCUUUACCCUAGAUAAAAUUUGGACAAAUUAAGUUCAAUACUAAUUUUCCUAGAAUGUCAAAGCAAUGUAGGAACAGGAAGCCAGUAGUAAGCCAGAUUUUAUAGACUGCAGUCCUCUCAUCUAAGCUAUUGCAAUUUGUUGUUCCUACACAGCUGCAGUAUUCCAUAGGAUUCUACAAUAAACACAUCAAAUGAGAGCACCCAUACAUUCAAAUGGAUCAGAACUGAUUGUAAGUGUUCUCUUACAAGAACUAUGUAAAAGGUUAGAGUUACAGAAUAGUAUUCCGUUAUUUUCUCAGCAUAUUUAGGGUCAUUUAUAAGUAUGGUUUUAGAAUGAGAUAAAGUUAGGUGAGGAGGCAGAAACUUCCUUUACAUUAAAUCAUAUUGAAAAUGCUUAGAAUAUUAUACAAACAAAACAAACAAAUCUUGCAAUAUAGUCAUUUUCAUGACUGGGAAUACAUGUUUAUAAUCAAAUUAUUAGCUUAAAAAUAAAUAUACGCAUAAAAGGUAUUCAAUAAUAUUUAUGAAUGAAUGUGUUGAUGAAAAUGGAGAGAUGGGCUGAUGGAUUUAUCUUGCCUGCUAACUUAACUUCAGCGGUGGACUAACCAAAAGUUGUACUAAUCUUUUACUGGGAAAACAGCAACAAAACUACAUUAUUAGAUUUAGAAUAGAGGGACUGUAUAUUCUAGUUUCAGACUGUUUUGAGCACAGAUUUCUUUUCAAAUUCUGACAGCAGGUAAACUCAGUCAGAAAGCUUAUGAAUGAUCUCUUUCAGCCCAGAAGAAAGGAAAGUCAAAAAAGACAGGAUUCUAAGUGGGUGUUCUGUUAGAAUUAUGAUAGGACUAUCCUCCAUUUGGCCAUCAAUAUUAAUGGUAAAAUCCAGUAUUUUCAUUUCAGAAAUGUAUUUUUAAAAUUCUUGAUGUGACUUUUUGAUGGUGAAAGUUUCUUUUUUCUCUUCUUCAUAAGAUUUGAACUUUGAAUCCCCUUUUGUUGAUGUAUUAACCACCAGCAGGCAACCUUGAGAGUCAUCAUUUGCUGAAUGAGUGAAUGAAAAGAUCUGUUAUAGUAUAAGUGUAUCCCCCAAUUUCCCUGAGGUAUCCUUUUUUCUAUUUUUACAUUAAUCCAACCCCGUUAAAUCUGUGUUAGUGAGAAGAGGACUUCAGAAGAUUAAAAAUUAAGGUCACUUUUGUGUUCUGUUAACUUUAGGAGUUAACAUUGUCCAAGAGCAAACAUAUUUGAAAGUAUAAAUGUUAAUUCCGUCUUGUUUUUAGAAUAAAAGAAACAGAACAGCAAAAAUGGCUUAUCUUCAUAAUCUACCCAAUUUUAAGUCAGAAAUCUCUGCUUUUUGGAUAUGUCUAGAUAUCUUCUAUUCCAUGCCAGAUCAAAUUAUACAAAUACAGUUUUGUUUUGUUUUUUCCUCUUUCUGUCUACUAAUUUCUUUGCUGUGAGGAAGAAACUUCCUUCUCAUGGCUUAUCACAGAUCAUCCUCAAUACCUUGCACUUUACAUCUAACUUGUGGUGAUUAUAUAUUCAUAUACAACCAUAAAAAGAGUAUAAAGGAUUUUCCAAAAACAGGAAACAAGAGGAAGGGCAGAUAAUGAAAACCACUUUGAAAACAUUAAAUCACCAUAUGAAUUGCUAUUGAAACAGAUAUGAAGUGAGAAGGAAACUGGAAAUUUCAAAUAAUGGUGAAAUACAAGCAAGACAUCCAGAAUAUGUGAUAUAGGCAGUUUCUUGGAAAGGAUAAGGCAUUAUUAUUUUUUUUUAAUAAAAAAAACAAAUGUCUUUCUCAAAAAUUUUCAGAGAAUAUUUAUCAUGUGAUAUUUAUUGUAGGUUCAUUAUCACCAAUCAACUGCAAUUCAAUACUGCUGUUCACUUGAGUAUUUAGAUCGAGUAUCUUGAGGUAGUGAAUUGAAAAGUGAAACAUCAGACCAGGAAAAAUUGAAAACAUCCUAUUGAUUCAAAUAUAUAAAUUCUAUGUCAUUUUGUAGUUUGAAUCUUAAAUCAGUUUAAAAAUCCUAAGCAUUUUUGUGUGGCUUUCAUGGUUAUUUAAAGACUUUCUCCUUGCCUAUAAACUUUGAAAAAUAUUAUAUUUAGAGCCAGUAUUACAGACACAUUUUUGAGUUAGCAUUUUCCUCUUUUUCUUUUUUACAACCCUUCUCGACAUUAUUGGUGGCAAGCAAUGGCCCAAAUCAUUCACAACUACAGUUAUAAAAUUUCACUUAUUCUCUCACAACGGUAAGGAAAAUAUGUUUAAAAUUGGGUCUUAGGAUUAGAUGCUGAGAAUACAUGUUUGUCGUUAGGUAGAGAAUUACUUUACUGUGCUACCCUUUAACUCAUUUUUCCAAAAACUUAGAAACUCAUUUUCCCCUAUUUUAAGACAACAGUUCAAAUACAGGAUGUCAUCUAAGAGUAAAUUAUGAAAGACUCUACAGAGAAUUAUCUUUUAUUUUAAAAAUUGAAAGUUAAAUUAAUAAUACUUAUUACAAACAUAUAAUUGUAUUUUAUACUCAGAUAAAAUGUGAAUAUAAAUU